CAUAUCCAGCUUCAAAGGCAGCACCAUUUUAAAAAGUCACUUUGUCGGAACCAUUGUAUAACGUUUCCGUGUCGUUGUAAAGAAAGUAUACCAGAAGGCAUUUACUGUUCGUUGUCUUUUUAAAGCGUUUAGUUUGGUGGAAAAGAGUUUUUCGUCGACCUAAAAGGGACAAAUAAAGCACUCUCGGCCUGUUUCCUUUGGAGAAGCUAGCUCUUUAAGCUAAGUUUAGCAAACUAGCUUUUCUCGAUCAAUGCAACAUUCAUUGAGCCUGCAACAGAAUACAGUCAAAAUGAGUGCUGCAUCAUCUCAAAAAGUUGUCCUGAAGAGCACCACAAAAGUGUCCCUGAAUGAGCGCUUCACUAACAUGCUGAAGAACAAGCAGCCCACUGCGGUUAGCAUUCGAGCCACCAUGCAACAGCAGCAUAUGGCUAGUGCACGCAAUCGCCGCCUGGCCCAGCAGAUGGAGAAUCGCCCCUCGGUGCAAGCUGCUCUGAGUCACAAACAGAGCCUGAAGCAACGACUGGGGAAGAGCAACAUCCAAGCAAGGUUGGGUCGGCCAGUUGGGAUGGGGAUGCGUGGAGGUCCUGUUGGUGUCAGAGGAGGAAUGCGUGGUAUGACCAGAGGAAUUCGCGGAAGAGGCAGAGGAGGAAUGAUGAGAGGUGCUCUUUCCCUGAGAGGAAAGCGAAUGGCUCCAACUUUCCCCAUGCGAGGCCGUGGCUCUGCUGGUCGAAUGGCAAUGCGUAGAGGAGGACGGCAGCGUGCAGGAUUUCCUGGCCGAGGGGGAGCUUUGGGGAGAGGAGCACCCCGUGGAGGAGUAUCCAGAGGACGCGGUGGUCUCCGUGGGCGCGGCGGUUUUGCUGGCAGACGUGGCCGUGGCAGAGGUGUUGGACGACCUGCUGUGACCCGUGAGCAACUGGACAACCAGCUGGAUGCUUACAUGUCAAAGACCAAAGGUCACCUAGAUGCUGAACUGGAUGCCUACAUGGCCCAGGCAGACGCAGAUAGUAUGGAGUGACGUCAAUGACACCGGACUUGAGUUACUGCGACACCUGUAUAGCUUCUUUUAACACAUACUGUGUAGUGUUGUUUACUUGUUCUCAGAAGAUGAGGUGAAUCUUUUUGAGAGCAUAAACAAUUCAGGACUCUUAGGACAAGCAGAAAAUCAGUAACUCUGAAUGUGUUUUCAUCCACAUUUACUUUUUAUAGCUGUUCCUAUGAAGCCCAUUUUGACUUUUAUAAAUCUUGAGCAACUCUGUCAUUUUUUUUUUUUUUUUUUUUUUUUUUACACUGUGUCCUUUUAAAACCAGUACAGGGUCUGUUCAUGUGUAACCCACUUUGUACUUAUUGUCACCUUUCACUUUGUUUCUGGCAUUGCAAAUGUUCUAUUUUUGAGCACACAAUUUGGUCCUCUGAAACAUAUUUGUUGGCAAUGUUUCAUAAGUUAUGUCAAAAGAAUGUGUAAACAAACUUUUCAGUCAACUAUGAAUAUGUGUGAGAGACAGAAACAUUUUGGCUUUUAUCUGGUCAUUUACAGAAAAUCUUUCCUGUUGAAUUCAAAGAAACUGCAGGUUCAACAGUUGGAUAAUAUAAUUGAGGAAACCAAGCAAGCAUAACUUGCUACCAGUAGUUAUUUUGUACGUGGGUAAAUGCUCUUGUGUACAAUGUAGGCAUUAGUGACGGUGUUUUUAUUUUUUUGCAUAUUUUAGUUAUGCAUGAAUUUUACAAAGUUGCUAGUCUGUCAUUUUUAUGGUUAUUGUCUGAUGCACCAAAUGAACCAUCUUAGUUUGUUUUGACUUACACUUUGCAUGGCCUACAUAAAAUGUACAGCUGGAUGCUUGGCUACAGAGUGUGCCAUCUCUGGACAGAGAUGAAAACAUUCACGGGUGUGAUUUUCAAAAGACUUGAUGGUGCAUUUGGUUUGGCAAAACUACAUGGGUAAUUGAUUAUAACAUCUGCCUCAGAGGUCUUAUGUGGCAUUUACAUGUCCCUGUGCCUGUGUCUUCAGGAAAUCAAAUGUCUCCCACAUUCAGAAUAGAUGAUAGGUUGAGGACUUUUGGCUGUAGAUGUGAGCGUCAAUGGUUGGAUGGCUGUGUGUUAAGUGGCCUGUGCUUGCAUGACUGGUGUCCAGUACCAAAUACCCCUACCUCUGGUCCAAAGUGCAGAGAGAAAAAAUGGGUUUGACAAAGAGCACUUUUAUGACCAUCUGAAUUUCAGACACCUAUUACCCCAACUGAAGGUUUUGAACAGAAAAGACUUGAUCAAGGGUAGCUGGACCCCUUCGUUCCAGUUGAUGAAAUCUAUAACGCCAAUCUCUGUUAUCUUAUAGAGUUCUGUAUGAAUAGGGAAAGGAUCUUACGGUUCCAAUAUGUUCUGUGCCAAUUUUUAAGUGAGGACCCUCAAUGUAUCGCUCGAUAAGCAUUCGCCUCACAGUUCUGAGAUGCAGGGUUGGAUCCCGGCCCCGCCUGUGUGGGGUUUCCAUGUUCUCCCCAUCCCUGUGUGGGUUUUCUCUGGGCACUCCUCUUUCCUCCUAAAUCUCCAAAACAUGCAACAUUAAUGGGAGACUAUAAAUUGCCCCUAAGUGUGUAACUGUUGUCUGUCUCCAUGUACCCUGCGAUUGGGAGGCAACCAGUUCGGGUUGUGCCCCACCUCCAGCCUGAUGACAUCUGAGAUCGGCUCCACCACUCCCGCGACUCUCGUGAGGAUAAGUGGCUCAGAAAAUGGAUGGCCCGUACAGUGCCUUCACGUCAAAACAUCUUGGGUUAUCGUGGAUUCCGGGAAAUUUAACCUAUUUGGAAAGUGGGUCCUAGAGUAUGUGCUUCAAACAUAAGUGCGUUUGUAUUUAUUUUGCGUAAUGGCGGAAAGACGAGGUCUGAAAUGUACUGUGAAAGGGACAGAUGGGAAAAAAUGUGCCUUCGUGAUAUACUUUCAAACUUGAAACUGUCAGGGAUGCUUAUGAAUCAAAACUUAGAUUACAUGUACUGACUAUUCUGGCACAAACUAAGCUUUCAUUUUUAAGCCCUGUCCGAACACAAAAUCGUAACAGAUAAAACAAACACACGACAAGAGAAUGGCAGUAACUCUUUCUUUUAAUUUUUUGAAGCAGGAAGCCCAAUUUUUCAUUUAUCGUAAAGUACUUACAAAUGUCGCAACGCGCCGUAUAAAUAGUUUUGCAGCAGCCUCAGUUGUUCCUUUGAAUUCGGACUUUGCGGGCUGGAUCUCCAGAGUAGUUAUUGUCGGCCGGCAACCAGCAAGCAAGUUUCCUGAGGCAUAGGAUGGUAUCUCAUUGCUCUUGUGGCUAAGGAUUGAACCUGAGAUGUAAGGUACAAAAAUAGACACUUAGCCAGCCGGGUGUCACCUGCUCUGAAUCUUGGUCUCCCUGAGAACAGAACAUAAUAUUUGGAUGUACCUGUAUGUACCCUUCAAGGAGGCAUUGUUCAGCCAAGGUCAUUCUGGAUCAUGGACACAUGACUUCUUAACUUUCAUCCAUGCUAUGGUUU